AGCGUCGACGAGAGGCUUCUUACCUGCCGGGGGCUGCUCUCAUUCCGCGAGGCGACUCUGGCGGAGGAGGAAGUUCUGCGCCGUCCCUCUGAGGGGGCUUUAGUGCCAUUCUCGAACUCCGUUUGCGCUGCCGGGGCGUCGUUGGGAGUGGGCCGUUACGCCGAGUGCGCAGGGAGCGAGGCCCUUGAGGCGCCAUGGACCCGGUGCGCCUCCCGGACAAGGCCGCCUUCCGAGGCUUCGAGGCGGAGUGCCAGGCGGAGCAGGGCUGGACCAGGCGCUACGGGCGAGACGGAAUCUCCAUCUGGGGCCGGCCGCCGCCCCCCGGGGGAGACCUCGCCCUCCACCGCGUCAAGGGCCGCAUUGACAUGCCUGAUGUGCCGGCUGAGACGGUCUAUGAUGUGCUUCACGACACAAAAUACCGAAAGAAGUGGGACUUGAAUGUUAUCGAGACAUACGAGAUCGCCAGUCUCUCUGACAAUGCUGAUAUAGGCUAUUACUCGUGGAAAUGCCCGAAGCCCUUAAAAAACAGAGAUGUGGUGACGCUGAGAUCCUGGCAAGUUCUGGAGGAUUCUUACAUUAUCCUCAGUUUUUCCGUCAAACACCCAAAAUACCCUCCGCGCAAAGACCUGGUCCGGGCCGUGUCACUCUUGGCUGGAUAUUUGGUACAACGAACCGGACCCAAUAGCUGCAGCUUGACUUACUUGGCCCAAGUUGAUCCUAAAGUUCAGUUCCCAUCAAAGCCCUUUCCUGGAUCUUGCCGCAUUGCUCAAGGCUUCCCAUUUGCAAUGUCUUUUCUUCCAGUGUGGUUUUCUCUCCUUCCUCUUGCAAGCUUAUCUUAUUUGCAGCAGUUUCAAGAUAAGUGAGUAAAAGGGGGGGUGGGGGAGAGAGAAGAGAGCAAAAUCUUCCUUCCUCUGCAAUUUUACUUCUGUGCCCAUCCUCACCCGCAUAGCUGCUGCCUCUCACAGCAUAAUACCUUCCACUCUCUUCUUGGUCAAAUGGUUCUGCAUGCAUUUCAUUUUUAAAUUUUAUUUAAUUGCUGUCCUGGUACAACUGUUAACAUUUAUUUGCUAACAGGACAUCUGUUUUUGCUCAUGCAGGAGGAGAGGCAGAAACUCUUCCAUUUUUGUUAACUGAGCAUGCUCACAGAGUGCUUCUGAAUGCGCCCAGCUGCAUGAAUUCAAGAGAACCAGCCAUCCUGUCACACAGGGUUUUUCUUCGUUCAGAUCACACCCUUUGGGUCACACAAUUUUAGGUUUUCUAUUUUGUCCUCCACUGAGCAACUCCAUCUUUGUACAUCAAGUGUAGUUGAGGCGUGGGUCAAGAGUGCGCUGUGAAGAGUCAUAGAGCUCAACAGUAGCACAGAGACAGUGGAAAGACAGUGGCGGAGUUAUGUAUAUAGUUAGACUAGACUUUGGACUUGGUGGGGGGGGUCUUACCUUACUCACUUGGAGAACUGUAUCCAGUUCUGGUCAUCGCAGUUUAAGGAUAUUGACAUGCUGGAAUGUGUUCAGAGGAGUGCACCCAAGAUGAUGAAAGGUCUGGAAACUAUGAGGAACAGCUUAGGGAGCUAGAUUUGUUUUAACUAGGGGAAGAGAAGAUUGAGAGGUGAUCCAAUAGCCAUAUUUAAAUAUAUGAAGGGAUGUCAUAUAGAAGAUGGGCAAAGUUUGUUUGCUGCUGCUUAGCUCCAAAAACUAAAGCACUAAUCGGUGGAUUUAAAUCCCAAGAAGGGAGAUUCAGUGUAAUCUAUUAGGAAGAACCUUUGAUGGUAAGAAGUGUGUUUGACAGUGGAAUGAAUUACUUCAAAGGAUGGUGGACUCUUAUUUCUUUGGAGGUCUUCAAACAGAGGUUGGAUAGCCAUCUUUUGGACUGCUGUAGUUGUGUUUUCUUGCAGGACAGAGGUUCUUUGCAAUCCCUUCCAACUCUGUGAGUCUGUGCAGUGGUCUUACUACUUAGUGGUCUUAUGUAUGGACUCUUUUGAGAUCAGGAAUGAGAAAUGUCAGCUCCUGGGGCUGAAUGUUUUGAUUUGGUAGGAGGCAGCUUUCCUGAGUUGCAAAUUUGGAAAUCAUUCAUAUCAUUUGAAAAGAAAUAAUAUAGUGGGGGAGACUGUGACCCAGUGACAUGUGCGUCUGCUGCUGCGUCACUGGGCAGCUGCUGCUAACAGCUGAUGGACAACUUCAGCACCCCUCUGCUGCCCUGUGGUUUUUUAUCUUGAAAGCUGGGCUUGGACUGAGUGGGCUUCAGACAGAACAUUGUCCUUUGUACAGAGGGACAAAUGGCCACCUUACUCCACUCACCCAUUUGGUUUGUUUUGCAUACUUGGACACUCUAGAUUUUGCAUGUUUGGACUUAGUAUGGCCUUCUCUCCCUAUUGCUAUAUUUUAAUUCUCAACCUGUCCCCUUAAAACACUUCAUGACGAAAGCAGUUUAACGCUCUUUCUAAAAUCACAACUCUUUUUCCUUUCAGAGUAGAUUAACAGUGUUUUUCCUCUUGUUUGUCCCAUA